AUGGCCGGCAUUGGAUCCCUGGUCCCGCGGCUCAUCUCUCGCCCCGCAUGGGCGUCCAGCAGCCUCCACUCUCGAUCCCGGGCACAGCUCCUCGCACCCGCGUUCGCGCCUGCAGCGUCGUCGUUGUCGUCGUCGUCGGGCUCGUUCGGAGCGAGCCAACGUGCAAUGUCCACUGCGAGGACACUGCGUCCUCGCCUCGCAUACGGUACGGCCACCCGAUCCUUGGUUCCACCUGGCAGGCGAUACCUUUCCGACUCGAGUUCUGUCCCGGUCACUGCAGCGGCGUCGACCGCUUCUGGCUCCAUGGACGCAGCCGCUGCUGUUAACGUCCCCAGCGUCCCACUGGAACCACUGGAUACCGUCGCAGCGGCCGCUGCAAACUCCACUUCAUGGGGUGUGUCAGACGUCCUUUUGGCCCCCGCCCACUUGAUCGGCGACCUUCUCCUCGCGACUCCAACUCCUUCGUACACGCUCAGCAUUGUCGUCCUCACCAUCAUCCUCCGGACCGCUAUAACUGUCCCAGUGCAGAUUUGGAGGCGGAAACGAACCGAGCUUACAGAGGCGACGGUGGUCCCAGAGAUGCAGCGUGCGAAUGAAAAAAUCGCCAUCCGCCUCGUUGGAGAGCAUAGGAAGUCAGGGAAAGGUUAUGACGAGUACAUGGUCGAGCUCAAGAAACAACUCGCCGACUACCAGUAUGCCCUGCACAAGAAGUAUGGCACCCACCCACUCAAACUCAUUGGCGCCCCUGUAUUGGUCGCGAUCCCUCUCCUCAUCACAUGCAGUCAAGCUAUCCGGUACGCGAUCGAUGCCCCCGGCAGCGCAUUGGCCGCGGAGCGCUUUGCAUGGCUCGCCGACGGCCUCGGAGAGGCCGACCCGACCAUGAUUCUGCCUGUCAUUGGCGGUGUGAUGGCGUACGCGUCGGCAGAGUUUCAGACGAGGCAACACAAAAAGGUAGAGGAGGCGCUUGACGAAACCACCAAGCCCGAGGGGCCAGAGCAGGCUUCUCCGUUGUCCAAGAUGGCUGCGAACGGUAAAGCGCCAAAAUGGACCAUCGCGCCGGCCGGCGUACGAAGCUCUUCCCAGCGCAUCGGCUCGUCUCCUUCAGGUCCACCUAGGCCCAGCACCCCGCCGCCACGGGCCACCGGCAACCGCAAGCUGAGCACCACCACGCCGAUCCUCGCCGCAAGCCUCCGACCUCGCCGUGCAGUCCGUUCCGACAAUAAUGACCUUGCGGCGACUUCAGAGUCCAUGUUCAAUGACGUCGACAUUGUGCCUGGUGCUGCCAAAAACAUGACAACACUUAUGGUCAGAGUCCGGCGAGCGGUCAACUUUUCGCUGAAAGCCUUUUCCGUCCUGUUCAUGGUAGUUGGCCAGUUCGUGCCCAGUGGUAUCGUGAUAUACUGGACGGCCAGCAUGGCGUACACUUUGAUCCAGAACAUGAUCUUUGCACGUAUCGACGAAGCCAAGUACCACGCAAAGAAGGCCCUCAAGGCUAAGCGCCGUGAAGAGAUGAUCGCGGCGCGCGUGGCGGCAGGUAACGCGCGUCGUCCCGUUCUGUAG